AUGGACGGCCAGCACGACGGCUUACCGUCCUUCGGUGGCCACGCCUCCGGCUUCUUUCUCGACCCGUUGGACGUGGAACAUCUUAACGACCAUUUCACCGGUGGCGUCACUUUGCCAGUAUCGCACGAUGAGUCCUGUAUGGAUUUGAACUUCGACCAUAUUGCCUGCAGAGGCCCGGAUAGCAACAACCAACACCACCCUGUACCCAACCACAACCACCCUCUCACCCUGAACACCAUGCCGAUGCAUGCCCGAAGACACCACAGCCUAUCCACGAUGCCUACACUACCCAACUACUUCGAUCCCAGAGGCCAAAUGCCCUUGGGCUUCGGCUCGAAUGCCGUCAUGUCACCAACGGGGGCCAUAGGCUUUGGCGUCUCGACCCCCAACUCGAGCCCUCAGCUCGAGGAUGAUAGUACCUCCGCGGCUUGCAGCAGCUUGGACUGCAAUCGAUGUGUUAGCGAGUGUGGCGCUAGUGAAGCUGGCGAUGUUUGCACCGAUGCAGAGUGCGCUCAAGCUUGCGACGAUGACGACUGCGACGAAGCUGCUGCGCUUUGUACAGACGCCGAGUGUCCAGCCAACGACAUCAUCUCUGAUAAGGACAAAGCUGCUGCCGAUGUGCUGGCGUCUAUUGGGGACGCUUUCAGCCAGGAUGGCAUGCUACCUCCGUCGAUGUCUUCGAUGCCGUCGAUGUCUUCUCAAUAUUACGCAACCCAAAGCUCCUAUCAAAAUGGAGGAAUCCAAGCAGCAACUCCAAGUCAUUUCCACGCCGGCGGGAUGACCAUGUCGAUGGCUCAUUCAAUGAAUAUGGGCAACUCUUUUCAGAGUAAUCCCGACCUCUUUCACACUGCCCUCGAGUCUGUAAUCGACUUUCAGGAUCCUAGCAUGCCUGAGCCCAUAGGAUGGAUGGCACUUGGCUUGCACCUUAACGAUCAUGCACACGCUCAGACAACCUGUAUACGGCCUUGUAUGACAGAGAACCGGAAUUUGCCAACCAGGUGCCCGCUUCCUCACCAAGCGCAUGCUCAUCAAGGUGAACUUGAUUUCUCCUUUUGCAUUCCCGACCCAAGCUCAGGGUUUGUACCUUGCGGCGCUGAGCUCAACGGCGUCGAGGAUUGGGCUAGCCAUUUCCAAGAACAACAUGUUAUUGCGCCAGAAGGAGAGCAUACCAACUAUUCCCAUGCAUCGCAACACUCUUACCCAAACCUGAUGGCGCCGAAUCGUCAGUCUGAUUACCUUCCAGGAGGUCUUCCUGACCCGGCCCAUGCUGCCCAAGGUAAGGAGCCCAGCACAUCUCCUCUAUCAGGGCUCCAGGCGUCUUCGUCCCCACGACCGUCUCCGGCCACUGCACAAACCCAGCCCAGCCCUGAUAAGCCCGGGGCUGAAGUGUUCAUUUGCCAAUGGGUAAUCGCCGGUCAGAUUUGCGGUAUGAGCUACUCGAACGAUGACGCUCUGCAGAUGCAUUGCAAGGAGAGACACAUCGUCAACCUUGGAAAGACAGAUGCAGGAUACAAAUGCUGCUGGGAGGGAUGUGCGCGUGAAGGGCAUUUCACGCAAAAGAGCAAGCUUGAACGUCACCUGCAGACACACACCGGCUCAAUGCACCAGCGAACCCACACAGGCGAAAAGCCACUCAAGUGCGAGGUUUGCGGCAAGGCGUUUGGCGAAUCGUCCAAUUUGUCGAAACACAGAAAGACGCAUAACGUGAAGGGUGCUUUCAAGUGUGAUUUCUGUGACAAGGACUUUCAUAGACUGGACCAGAAACGCAGACAUGAGAAGAUUCACCGUAAGGUCGCGGAUGCGCUUAAGGCUGAUAAUUCUACUCCGUCUAUCAAGAAGACACAGGGCGGUCGAGUUACAAAGACAGCAGAUCGAAGAAACAGCUCCAAGAUACCGGACUGGCGUUUACAUGGAGAAAUGGAUCAGGUCAGGACGGCAUAA